GUGUUCCACCAGCCUGGGCGAACACGUGCGGGAGUCGCCGGGGGCAGAGCUGCGGGGCCCGGGGCGGCAGCCGCGCAGGGACUCUGCAUCCCGACGGUCGCCAAGGAGCUGGUUUAAUUACGUCCAACCUCCAGGAUGGCAAUCCAGUUCCGUUCCCUUUUUCCCUUGGUGCUGCCUGGGAUGCUGGCGCUCCUUGGCUGGUGGUGGUUUGUCUCUCGUAAAAAAGAACGCAUCAGCAGCCACGACAAGCAGGUGGAGGCCAGUGCCGUGGAACUGGGGACAGACCCUCCAAUUGAGGGUCUGCUCCUCACGGAUGACACCUGUCCCAGAGUCGUGCCAACACCCCUCAGUGUCACACAGCCACCAGAAAAGGAACUGUCCACCAUGAGUAAGCCUUCCAUGGAGCCCCCAGCCUUGCUGCGGGCACAACCAGCCCCUCGUAGAUCAGAGUCCUCAGGCAGCCUUCUUAACACCACGGACACAAGAUCUCGACUGGGAACACGCAAAGAUGACAGUACGAAGCUGGAAUUAGCCCUAACUUGUGACGAAGCAAAGUCUAUUCCUCUAGAGUGUCCCCUUCCAUCCCCAAAGGGGGUACCAUUCCCCCACGAAGCGGUCGAGGUGGGUAAGCAAGAGCCCAUGUUCAGCAGAACGCCAGGGAGGGCCUGGCCAGGCCAGUCUGCCGCCCUCACAGAAAAGCGUGGCCCUGGGGAGAAGGCAAGGGAGACAGGGUGGGCAGAAGGGACUGGCGACGCAGUGGCAGGAGAAAAAGUACUAGAAGAAGGUGUUUUGUCCCAGGAGCAUGUCUCUGAGGUGGAGAAUAGCAAAGUGCCCAGCCUGGCUCCUUUAGGAGGAGGGGAAGAGAAAGGGAAGACCAGCCUGCAUCAGGGGCAGGGGGCCGGGCCAGUGCAGAAGGAAGAGUAUGUGGCAGGGAAGGUGAUAAGUAGCUUCAUUGAGUCGGCUCACGCCGAGCUGGCAAAGGAUGAGGAAGUGCCGGCACCUGAAAUCAGAGGUGGCAAGCCCCAGGACGGAGACCUUGCAGGAGAAGCGGGCAAAGAGGAGAUGGUGGAUAAAAAUGAGAAGCUUGAGCAGGCUGCCUUCCAGAUCAUCUCCAAAGUGAUCAUGGAAGCAACCGAAGAAGUGCAGGCCACCACGGUGGGCAGGAUUACGGAUCGGGUGUGUCAGGCCUCGGACAGUGAGCUCCAGGGGCCAGAGGAGAAGAGCUGUGCUCCCAUCAGCCAGGAGGCUGUCCUGGGGCAAGACGCUGUGGAGUCCACUCCAGCCACGGCAGAAGCAGCCGCAGACACAGUGGAUGCUGCCCUGCCCUCGUCAGGCCAGCCAGCAGAGGACCCAUCCCCACCAAAGACCUACGUGAGCUGCCUGAACAGCCCUCUCUCCAGCCCCACCAAGGACGGUAAGCCACCCAGGAACUCUGCGCACCACAUCUCACUGGCCCCCUGCCCGUCACGGGCCACCUCCCUCAGAGAGUCGCUAGAUGAGGCAAGCGUCCUGGCGGAAGAUGCCAGCCGCGUCACCUGCGCGUUGGACAGCAGCCAGUGUGUCCCAUCCGUGGGCUCCUUGGGCCAGUGCUCAGAUUCUGCCAGCACUUCAGGGCUCGAAGACUCUUGCACAGACACCAACUCGAGCCCCAGGGACAAGGACAUCACCCCGCCGUUGCCGGAAAGUACUGUGCCCUUCAGCAACGGGGUGCUGAAGGAGGAGUUGUCAGACUUGGGGGCUGAGGAUGGAUGGAGCAUGGACGCAGAAACAGACCAUUCGGGAGGUUCCGACGGGAACAGCAUGGACUCAGUGGAUAGCUGCUGCAGCCUCAAAAAGACGGAUGGUUUCCAGAGCACCCAGGCAGGCUCCGACCCCAAGAAGGUCGACCUCAUCAUCUGGGAGAUCGAGGUGCCGAAGCACUUAGUUGGUCGGCUAAUUGGCAAGCAGGGGCGGUACGUGAGUUUUCUGAAGCAAACAUCUGGUGCCAAGAUCUACAUUUCAACCCUACCCUACACCCAGAACAUCCAGAUCUGCCACAUAGAAGGCUCUCAGCAUCAUGUGGACAAAGCACUGAACUUGAUUGGGAAGAAGUUCAAGGAGCUGAACCUCACCAAUAUCUAUGCUCCCCCACUGCCUUCACUGGCACUGCCUUCUCUACCAAUGACCUCCUGGCUCAUGCUCCCCAACGGUGUUACUGUGGAGGUGAUUGUGGUCAACCAGGUCAAUGCCGGACACCUAUUCGUGCAGCAGCACACACAUCCUACCUUCCAUGCACUGCGCAGUCUGGACCAGCAGAUGUACCUCUGCUACUCUCAGCCCGGGAUCCCCACCUUGCCCACCCCAGUGGAGAUAGCAGUGAUCUGUGCUGCCCCUGGGGCGGACGGUGCCUGGUGGCGAGCCCAGGUGGUCGCCUCCUACGAGGAGACCAACGAAGUCGACAUUCGCUACGUGGAUUACGGUGGAUAUAAGAGGGUGAAAGUAGACGUGCUCCGGCAGAUCAGGUCAGACUUUGUGACGUUGCCAUUCCAGGGAGCAGAAGUCCUUCUGGACAGCGUGAUGCCCCUGUCAGAUGAUGAGCACUUUUCACCUGAAGCAAAUGCAGCUAUGAGCGAGAUGACAGGAAACACAGCAUUGCUUGCUCAGGUGACAAGUUACAGUCCAGCUGGCCUCCCUCUGAUUCAGCUGUGGAGUGUGGUUGGAGAUGAAGUGGUGUUGAUAAACCAGUGGCUGGUGGAGCGAGGACUUGCCCAGUGGGUGGACAGCUGCUACACAAACCUUUGACCCUCACCCCCAAACAGCCGCUGCUUGAGUCUGUUUUGCACUGUUAAAAUUGAGCUUGGCACUCAAGGCAAAGACUUAACAUCAGAAUAACAAAAUGUUGUCCUCCCCAGAAAGUUCGUUUUUUUGUUUUUUUUUUCCUCCUUCCUAUACUGUAGUCCCAUUGAGAAGACCUUGGGUCUCUAAGAAAAGGAGAGAACUGUGUGUUCUUUUCAGAGCCAUGGCGUGGUGUUUAACAAGCCAGCUGGCCUUUGGCUUAACGUGGUUCCAAACUGCUAAAAAAAUAUAUAUAUACUGAAAAACAGCCUCAACUAGGUUGUCCUAUUCCCCCCACCAUCCCAUUCUCUCCUUCUUCCUUC